AUGUCCAACAACACGCAAGACCAAGAAUUCAUUAGGCUUUCACAGUUAUCAAAUCAUUUAGCUUCUUUUACUGUUGGACUCGAGGACGGAAGCUUAAUAGAUACAACUGAAGGUAUAACUCAACAACACGCUACAAGCGCACACAAAUUACUGCAAAAUGCAAGUUUACUUAUUGCCAAGCAACAGUCUGCUGAUAGUAAUAAUGGCAGUAAUAAUGACAAUUUGUUGUUGGUACCGGCAGUAAGAAAAAUUACAGUUACAUUCAAGGAUUACACUUAUGGAUUCACUCUAUCGAACGAAAAGAUUUAUGCUGUCUCGCGCGCGAACCUUGAGUGA